AUGGAGUUCUUGCUGAGCAAAGAGAGUGGAUCAUUGAAUACUGAUAUCAAACCUGAGAAAGUAGAUGACCGCCUAGUCAAUAAUAACACUGAUAUAAGUUUAUCUACCAAAACAUCGGAAGGUAUACCUACAAAUGAUCAAAUUCACAAUGAAGUACUUUCAUCGAAAGAGUUCAAUUCUAGCUCUGAGACAUGCAUUACUGAUGAAGAAGUUGCAAAUGACGCGUCAGAUGUAUUGGACCGAAAUUUUAAUUGCUCUAAUCCUGGGGAUUUAAAGAAAACGAUAGAAAAAUCAAAAGAAGAGGUAUUUUUGGAAAACGUUGCGUCUUCAGAACCUGUCUUAGAAGAUUCUGCCCGGAACUAUGUAAACUCCUCCCCAAAUAAAUCCAUUAUGAAGAGAACUAAUUCCAGCUCCCCAAGAAAGAGUGUUGUUUUCACAAGUUCAAACCCCGAGAUACACCAUUAUCCUGAUUCGGGAAAUGCCUCAGUACUAUCUGCUGACGAUAAGGUCUCCGUGCCCUAUAUGAUGAGUCACGAAUGGAACGAAUUAAAUAACAAAUCAAGCUCAGAUGGCGAAGGCUCCACCCCACCAGCGCCGCCGCCCCAUACUUCAUCUAGUUUCACAUCACUAUUAAGUUCAGGAGCCAAAGAUGACAUCGAUAUCUCGUCAUUAAAUGAUAUAAGAUUAAAACAGGGGAAAUUUAGUAACUUAUCAUUAAAUGAAAAAAUGGACAUUUACCUAUCUUCAAAAAACAAUCGAGACGAUUUGGACGAACAAUUAAGUAAUCUUCAGAAUGCUAUGAAACAUAAGGCUGAUUAUAAUAUUAAUCAUUUGUCAUUUGGCCUUCAAAAGAUGGAUGAGGAUAUUGAGAAUCCUCUUGACUCGCUUAGCAGAAACUCAGAAAUUCAAUUAAGGUCUUCAGGUUCAUCGCAAUCCUCAUUGCAAUCUUUAAAAGACACAAAUAGAACACUAGAAUCGAUCAAUCUUACAGACAAAAAUAAGGGGUUACAAGUUCAUGAUGGAGUAAAAGGCUUCUCAAACGAAUUCAUGGAAUCACUUCUUCCUACGUCCCAAGAGAAGCUUGAGGGUGGUGACACUGAGCAGUUGACAAAGAAAGAAGACAAAUCGGAAUCAUCAGAUAAUGAUAUUUUUCAUGAUUCUUUCAAUGACAACACCGAGCAGAUUAUAAUGAAUUUGUUAAAAAGUAAUAAAAUUAACGAGUCUAGUGAAGAAAUGGAUGCCGUUUCAAGAACUUCAUAUGGUGGAUCAUCAUUGGCGGAGAUAAAAGAGAAGCCUUGUGUUGUGAAUGCAUCAAAUUCACCGCGAGUUGCAAUCAAGACAGAAAUGCAUGAGAAAGGAGAAGAGAAGCAAUUAUACUCUUCAACAGAUCCAGGCAUCAAGAAAGAGUAUUGCAUAAAGUCAGCGUCUUCGAUGAACUCUGAAGUAUGUGCAAAAUAUACUAAGGAUGAAAAGCUUGAUCCAGACGCGCCUCAGACUGAUGAAAUCACAAAGUUUGAUAAUUCCAAAAGCACCGACACGGAUGAAUCCAAUUUUUCGGCGCAGUUCUCGCUUAGAUUUCAUAUGGAUAGUGAUUGGAAACUUGAGGAUAGCAACGAUGGGGACAGGGAAGAUAAUGAGGACACAACAAAUAUAUGCCAGCCGAAUGUUCAAGUUGAAAUGAUGCCACCGAAAAUGCCGAUAACAAAAUCGAAGGGAACUCCAAUGACGUCAAGUGAAUCAAUCCAAGAAUUUAUGGAUGCGUCUGACGACCUCACGAAACGUAUUUCUGAGCAAAAACUAAAAAUUGAUGAGGCAAUUGAUGCUACAAUACCGCCUUCGCCAAUUCAGGAGAUGGAAGAGGCAAGGCUUACCAGUCUGGUAGAGGAUGGUACUGAAAUAUUGGCUAAUUCGUCAAAUAUAGCGCCUCCGAAUGGAAUUGCUCUACCUCUAGUUGAAAUCAAUAAUAAUUCUUUUGAUGAUUUUACUAGACACUUAAACUCAACUUUGAAUACCUAUGAAGAAUCAUUGUCCGCCGAACAUGAUCAAGAAUCCAAGCAAGUUGAUUUUAUUACCAUAUGGCGUUCACAAAGAAAACAGAGAAGGGAUUCUCAAAAGGACCAUACCCAAAAUGUUUAUAAUUUAUCAGUCUUAGGUUCACCAUCUCAAUCCUCAUAUGUAUCGAAACUUAUACAACCCGCCAACAAAAAACUCAAAGAGGUCAAUGUCAUGUCAAGAAGAAUAAUAAGUCCGGACUUUGAGGACCUCAAUGUCAGUGGGUUUUUACCUGAAAUAUCUGAAGACUCUGGCUUUGAAGGAAAAUUUAGAAACAUUAUAGAUAGAAGCACAACCAUCAAUCUGUUUCACCUGUCCAAGCCUUCAAGUGACCGCUUAGACACUAGAAACAUAUUGGCGACUAAAGAUUCAAGCUAUUUGCAAGACGAAAACAGUCGCCAAGAGUUAAGCAAAAAGAGAAUUCCUUUGAGAGUUAAUACGAACUUCUCUAUUCAGCAACCUGCUCAGAAGCCUCAAGCAGAGACUCGUCCAUCGAAAUUUAAGGUUCCGUCUUUUGAAAUAAAAAGAACAGCUUCUCUUUUAUCUCCUAGGAACCAAUAUAACGAUAUUUUUGAGGAUUUGAUCGGCCCACCAACCAUCAAAAGUGAAGGCAUGAAAACUCUACCUAGCAUGGACAGGGAUGAUAUAAAAAGAAUCUUGAGCGCUAAGCAGGUGCUUACUCAAAAUGAAUAUUCUAAUAUCAAGUUAAAAGAUAUACGACCUCAGAAAAAUUCUAUUGUUCAACCAAACAACGAAUAUGAGGAUCUACAUUUACAUGCCUCAAUAUAUGACACCUCUACAGAUAGCUCUGUAUUAGGAGAUGGAAGAACUUCUAGAUUUGAGCUUUCAAAGGUGCAAAAUAAUCAAAUAUUAGGCGGCUUCGGUACUCUCAACGAGGAUUCUAGUAAUGCUAAUUCGAUCAUUUCGUCUCAAAAGUCAAUUCCACCCAAGGUAAUGACACAUGGCAAUCAAAGCUUCCCCGAACCUGAGUCAGAAUUUAUAGGUUCUCCGGAAAAACCUUCUACAAUUUUUAAGACUCCCCCGCUGUCGACGCUGACCGCUGAUUUAAUCGGACACUGUGACACGAAAACGAAGGAUUUAAGCCCUAUUAAUAGUCUUCCUCAAGUGGAGUUACCGCAUACCCCAAUUGGGCCAAAAAUUCCCCAAACACCAACGGGCCUGCCUCUUAGAUCUAACAAAUCUAAACCUAUAAAAAUUGGAUCUCCGUUGAAACUAGUGAAGGACGGUAAUUCCGUUACCGCCGUAGAACUUAUAAAAUCCCCUAAGAGCCAUUCCAAACAUAAUUCUUUUAGUGGUAAGGAACUUUUGAACUCGAAGCUUAGAGAAUCACAGGGAUCAGUCGACGAGAAGGAACAUAAGCAUGCCAUUAGCACCGUUUCUGUUCCUUCCAAUAUACUUAAUACUACAAAGGAGUCAAAUGACAUAGAAAAUUCAGCACCUGUCGCUCCUGGUUUAAAGGAAAGAGGAAAAUUAUUUUUAAGAGUUAUCGCAUUGAAAGGAAUUCAGUUACCAGACAUUAGACAACACAACGCCGACUUCUCGGUGACUUUAGACAAUGGCGUCCAUUGUAUAAAAACUCCCAGUUUCAAAAUGGAAACUAAUCAUGCAUUGAUUGGAAAGGAGUUCGAAAUGACUGUUGGCCAUUCUCUUCAAUUUAUAUUGACUAUGAAAUCAAACUAUGAGAGGCCAAGAGGAAAACUCGUAGAAGUGAAGGAGAGGAGAAUUGUGAAAUCAAAAAAUAAAUUGAGUAGAAUGUUCGGCUCGAAAGACAUCAUUACGACAACACGGUUUGUACCGACCCAAGCUAGCGACUCAUGGGGCUCAAAAAUUGCACAAGAUGGUUCAUUUGCGAGAUGCUAUAUUGACAUGCUGCAAUACGAGGAUCAAAUUACGGCGAAAGCAUGUAAUUUUGACAUAGCCUGCUUUAAUGAAUGGGAAACAAUCAGCAAAAAUCAAGAGAUUAAGAGGGUCAACCCCUACAGGAUUUGUAUGCUAGAAGUGAAAAUGCUAUUCAUUCCUAGAACGGACCAAAAUGAAGCAUUACCGACAAGUAUUAAAGCUGCGUAUGAUUGUAUCGACGAAUUAAAAGAAGAAGUUGGUCUCAGCUACGAAGGCUAUUUAGAUCAAGAGGGUGGCGACUGUGAGACAUGGAAAAGAAGGUAUUUCAAGCUUAGCGGCACUUCUCUUAUAGCGCAUAGUGAGUAUACCCAUAAAACCAGGGCAAAGAUAAACUUGGCUAAAGUUGUUAAUGUCAUUUAUAUUGAUAAAGAAAAUUUGAAUAACUCCUCUCCAAAUUAUAGGAAUUUCAGCGAUGUUCUUUUGAUGGAUCAAGUGUUCAAGUUGAAAUUUGCAAAUGGCGAAAUUAUUGAUUUUGGCUGUCCUGUUAGGUCCGAAAGGCUACAUUGGAUUUCUUUAUUUGAAAAGAUUAUCCAUAGAAAUAAACUCCGUCAUCAGCCCUGGGCUAAAUUAAUGAUGGGAGAAAUUGAUUCAUCACGUCACGCUUAUAGUAACUUAAUUUAA